AUGCUCACUCUGCAUUUCUUCUUCUGGCUCCUGAAUAUCCCCCUCCUCAUGUCCAACCUCACUCACCCCAAGUGCUUUUGGAGAAUGAAGCAGAAUGAAGACAAGCCUGGAGAAGUGGUGACAGGUUUUGUCUUUUACCUUAUUGCAGUGCAGAGCAAGGUUGAAAAGACAUAUUUCCCAACCAUUGUCCUGUUCCAAACAAAUGAAAACUACCAGUUUGCUCUGCCUUUGGCUUUUGCAGUGGAAGAAAUCAACAGGAAUCUAUAUCUUCUACCAAAUGUGUCUCUCAUAUUUUACUUCUUCACUGACAAUUAUAAUGAUAAAAAAUCAUUUCAAAAAUUUGCAAAAUGGUCUAGACUUCCACUUAACUACAUCUGUAAAAAUAAGAACAAAUGCUCUGUAAUGAUUACAGGUCCAACGUUAGCACCAUCCUUGAGCCUGGCACAUUUUUUGCAGGUCUUCAAAGAUCUACAGCUCACCUACGGACCUUUCCAUUCUAUCCUGAGUGAUCAUGAACAGUUUCCCAAUCUGUAUCAGAUGGCCCCCAAGGACACAGCUCUGGCCCUGGCCAUGGUCUCAUUGAUGCUUCACUUCAAAUGGAACUGGAUUGGGCUGGCCAUCUCAAAUGAUGACCAGGGUCUCCAAUUUCUCUCAGAUUUGAGAGAAAAAAGUGAAGUCCAAAGAGUCUGCUUAGCCUUUGUGAUCGUGAUCCCAGUCAACAUGGAGUUAUACAUGUCAAGAGCUGAAGUGUAUAACAACCAGAUUGAGACAUCAUCCACAAAUGUUGUUAUCAUUUAUGGUGACACAGAGAGUACUCUUGCUGUGUGCUUUAGAAUGUGGAAAUCACGAGGUAUACAGAGAAUAUGGAUGAAUCAGAAAGAAAAACCACAAGCAGAGUAUGGCAUUUACCACAUUUCUAAUUUCCCCCAUGGUGUUGGACUUAAGGUAAAAAUAGGAGAGUUUAUGCCAUAUUUUCCACAUGGUCAACAGCUCCAUUUAUAUGAAGAUAUGAUAGAGUGGGUCACAAGAAGUAGACAGAUGCCCUCUGCUGUGUGCAGUGUUGAUUGUCACCCUGGAUUCAGAAAAAUCCAUCAAGAAGGAAUGGCAGCCUGCUGUUUUGAUUGCACCCCCUGCCCAGCAAAUGAGAUUUCCAAUGAGACAGAUAUGGAUCAGUGUUUGAAGUGUCCAGAGGACCAGUAUGCCAACGCACAGCAGAACCACUGCCUCCACAAAGAUGUGAUCUUUCUGGCUUUUGAUGACCCCUUGGGGAUGACUCUGUCCUGUAUGGCCUUGUGUUUGUCUGCAUUCACUGUUCUGGUUCUUGGGAUCUUUGUGAAGCACCAAGACACUCCCAUUGUGAAGGCCAAUAACCUCACUCUCAGCUACAUCCUGCUCAUCUCCCUCAUCUUCUGUUUCCUCUGUUCCUUGCUCUUCAUUGGCUAUCCUAACUCAGCUACCUGUAUCCUGCAGCAAAUAACAUAUGGAGUUUUAUUCACUGUGGCUGUUUCCACUGUGUUGGCCAAGACAAUUAUUGUGGUUUUGGCUUUCAAAGUCACAACUCCUGGAAGAAGGAUGAAGUGGCUCCUGGUAUCAGGGGCACCAACCUACAUCAUUCCCAUCUGCACCAUCAUCCAAAUUAUUCUCUGUGCAAUCUGGCUGGGAACAUCUCCUCCCUCUGUUGACAUUGAUGCACACUCUGAGCAUGGCCACAUCAUCAUUGUGUGCAACAAGGGCUCAGUAACUGCUUUCUACUCUGUCUUAGGAUACCUGGGUUCCUUGGCCCUGGGGAGUUUCACUGUGGCUUUCUUGGCCAGGAAUCUCCCUGACACAUUCAAUGAAGCCAAAUUCAUGACGUUCAGCAUGCUGUUGUUCUGCAGUGUCUGGGUUACUUUUCUCCCUGUCUACCAAAGCACCAAGGGCAAGGUCAUGGUGGCUGUGGAGGUCUUCUCCAUCUUAGCCUCCAGUGCUGGAUUGUUGGGAUGUGUCUUUGUCCCCAAGUGCUAUAUCAUUUUGUUAAGACCAGAGAGAAAUUCUCUUCAAAAGUUAAGGGAGAAAUCAUCUUCCAGAACUCACAUUUCAUAA